AGGCCACUCCCGGUGCUCCCAGGAAUUAAGAAGAGUGGAGUAAUCCUCCUGAAGCUAUAGCCAGAGAAGAGCUCUAAUGGUUUAGUCCACCUCCACACCUCCUCCCCCACUGUCUCUUCAGUCGCCCUGUGUGCGCUCCUCCCUCUACAACACACCUUAUGCAAAUGGCACCAUUUUCAGUGGGCCCAGCAGGCUUUGUUUACACAGCCAUCCGACCACAGCCAGUUAGCUGCUCUGCUCCUGCAUUUGGAGGGAAGGACUCGACUGCUCCUUUACGAGGACCACGAGGGACUGUGACCACAAGUUUUGACUCUAGUCGGAGGCCACAAGUGUGGUGAACUUCUACACGAGUGGAGGUUAAAGGAACAUUUUGUCCUUCACUUUAGUUUGUAAAGAAGUUUUUGAAUCGAAUCCUCCACGCCUGUGCUUGAAGCUGAGUUUUCAUUGGACAAACUGGGACGUAUAGUUAAGAAACAGGAGAGGCGGCAACAUUUUCAAGACCAUACUGUCUCUUAAAGAGGCACAACAGAAAGAAGAAAAUAAGCUCGUCCAUAGUAAUUUUUUCUCCGGGACUAUUUGGUCUGGAAAGGCUGACUCUGCUGGGCUAUGCUGGAGUUAUCCCCAUUCAUUUGACAUCUGAUUGAAGUAUUGUGGAGAGUGAAAUCAACAUGGAGUGGGAGCAGAGGGACAGAGAGCCCUGUCUGUCCCCAGCAGCAUUUGUUAACCAGGUGCAAUACUCCAACAUCCUGGAAGGCCGCUUUAAACAGCUGCAAGAUGAGCGUGAAGCGGUUCAAAAGAAAACUUUCACCAAAUGGGUAAACUCUCACUUGGGCAGAGUCACCUGUCGCAUUGGUGACUUGUACACAGACCUGCGCGACGGCCGCAUGCUAAUCCGUUUGCUGGAAGUGCUGUCAGGAGAGCAACUGCCAAAGCCCACCAAGGGCCGUAUGCGUAUCCACUGCCUGGAAAAUGUUGACAAAGCACUGCAGUUCCUCAAGGAGCAGAAAGUCCACCUUGAAAACAUGGGGUCACAUGACAUUGUAGACGGGAACCACCGCCUCACUCUGGGUCUCAUAUGGACCAUCAUCCUGCGCUUCCAGAUUCAGGACAUCAGUGUGGAGACGGAGGAUAACAAAGAGAAGAAAUCUGCUAAAGAUGCCCUUCUUCUUUGGUGCCAAAUGAAAACUGCGGGAUAUCCUAAUGUCAACAUCCACAACUUCACCACCAGCUGGAGAGAUGGCAUGGCAUUCAAUGCCAUCGUGCACAAACACAGACCUGACCUGAUUGAGUUUGACAACCUGAAAAGGUCCAAUGCCCACUACAAUCUUCAAAAUGCAUUUAAUAUAGCUGAAAAGGAUCUUGGAUUAACCAAGCUCUUGGAUCCUGAAGACGUUAAUGUUGAUCAGCCUGAUGAGAAAUCUAUCAUUACAUAUGUGGCUACAUAUUACCACUACUUCUCUAAGAUGAAGGCUCUGGCAGUAGAGGGAAAACGAAUUGGCAAGGUUUUGGACUACGCUAUUGAAGCAGACCAACUGAUUGAUAAAUACGAGACGUUGGCUUCGGAGCUGCUGCAGUGGAUUGAGCAAACCAUAGUGACUCUGAAUGAUCGGCAGCUGGCUAACUCUUUGAGUGCUGUGCAGAAUCAGCUCCAGGCUUUUAACUCCUACAGAACUGUAGAGAAACCACCCAAAUUCACUGAGAAAGGGAAUUUGGAGGUUCUGCUGUUUACAAUACAGAGUAAGAUGCGAGCCAACAACCAGAAAGUAUACAUGCCAAGAGAAGGAAAACUCAUAUCUGACAUCAAUAAGGCCUGGGAAAGACUUGAAAAGGCAGAGCAUGAGCGAGAGCUGGCACUGAGGAAUGAGCUCAUUCGACAGGAAAAGCUGGAGAUGCUCGCUGCUCGAUUUGAUCGCAAAGCAGCAAUGAGAGAGACCUGGCUCAGUGAAAACCAAAGACUGGUAUCCCAGGACAAUUUUGGGACUGAUCUUGGUGCUGUUGAGGCAGCCACACGUAAACAUGAGGCUAUUGAGACAGAUAUUGGAGCGUACUGGGAGCGUGUCGCUGCUGUAGAAGCUGUGGCUAAAGAGUUAGAAGCAGAGAGCUAUCACGACGUGCGGCGUAUACUGGCAAGAAGAGACAAUGUGCUUCGACUGUGGGAGUACCUGAAAGAGCUCCUUGCUGCACGAAGGGAGCGGCUCAAUGCUCACCGCGACCUGCAAAGACUGUUUCAGGAGAUGCGCUACAUUAUGGACUGGAUGGCUGACAUGAAGGGUCGCUUACAGUCUCAAGACAGCGGUAAACAUUUACAUGAUGUAUUAGACCUGCUGCAGAAGCACACACUGGUGGAGGCAGACAUCUCUGCUCAGGCCGAGAGGAUCAAGGGAGUUCAGGCAGCAGCCACUCGGUUCACUUCCUAUGAACAAGCCUACAAGCCAUGUGAACCCGCUCUGGUGAGUGAGAAAGUGGAGCUGUUGGGUCGGGCCUAUGAGGAGUUGGGUCACCUUGCCGGAAUGCGGAAAGAGCGUCUUGAAGACUCACGGCGCUUGUGGCAGUUCAUGUGGGAUUUGGGAGAAGAAGCAGCAUGGAUCAGGGAGCAAGAGCAGAUCCUGGCAAGUGGAGACUGUGGGCGAGACCUUUCCUCUGCUCUUCACCUGCUCAGCAAACAUGAGGCUUUCAGAGAUGAGAUGGCUGCUCGCUAUGGACCGCUCAGUCAUAGUAUUUCUGCUGGAGAGGCUUUGGUGAAUGAGGGUCACUUUGGAGCACCAGAGGUCACAGAGAGAAUCCAGGACAUCCAGGCACAGUGGGCACAUCUGGAGGAGACAACCAAGCUGAGAGAGCAACGUCUGAAGGAAGCUGUGGCUUUGCACCAGUUUGAAGCAGAUGCUAAUGACAUGGAGGUAUGGCUCAUGGAGACUCUUCGACAAGUGUCCAGUCAGGAAGUCGGCCAUGAUGAGUUUUCUACUCAAACAUUGGCUCGAAAACAGAGGGAAGUUGAGGAAGAGAUCCAUAGCCAUCGCCCUCUGAUUGACUCUUUGCAUGAGCAAGCCCAGGCCUUGCCCCAAACCUACACAAGCUCUCCUCAGGUGGAAGGUCGCUUACCUGCGAUUGAACAGCGCUAUGAGGAACUAGAGAUUCUGUCUGCAGCCCGUCGUCAGGCUCUGGAGGGGGCCUUGGCCCUCUAUCGCAUGUUCAGUGAAGCUGAUGCCUGCCAGGUGUGGGUGGAGGAGAAAGAGCAGUGGCUACAUGGCAUGGAGAUCCCUACCAAACUAGAAGACUUGGAGGUAGUGCAGCAGAGAUUUGAGACACUGGAGCCAGAGAUGAACAACGUGAGCAGUCGGGUUGAUGAUGUGAACCAGGUUGCUGAACAACUAUUGAGCUCAGACAACUGCAACAAGGACCAAAUACACCAGACCAAAGACCAGCUCAACAACAGAUGGAAGGACUUUGAACAACUGGCUGGCCAAAAGAAACAAGCCCUGGACUCAGCACUUAACAUCCAGAACUACCAUCUUGAAUGUAAUGAGAUCCAGACAUGGAUGAAGGAGAAGACCAAGGUGAUCGAGUCGACACAGGGCUUGGGCAACGACCUGGCUGGAGUCAUGGCUUUACAGCGCAAGCUCACCGGCAUGGAGAGAGACCUGGAGGCCAUUCAGGGAAAAUUGGAUGACUUGGAAAAAGAGGCAGAAAAGUUGGCUACAGAGCAUCCAGAUCAAGCAGGGGAGACACAGCGAAAACUUGCAGAAAUUCAGGAAGUUUGGGAAGAACUGAACUCAACAAUGAAGCGGCGUGAGGAGUCACUGGGUGAAGCCAGCAAGCUGCAAGGUUUCCUCCGAGAUUUGGACGAUUUUCAAUCAUGGCUUUCCCGUACCCAGACUGCCAUAGCAUCAGAAGACAUCCCCACCUCUCUGCCUGAGGCGGAGAGUUUGCUAGCACAGCAUGAAAGCAUCAAGAAUGAGGUGGACAACUACAAAGAUGACUAUGAGAAGAUGCGUGCGGUCGGUGAAGAGGUGACUCAGGGUCAGACAGAUGCUCAGUACAUGUUCUUGGCCCAAAGGUUGCAGGCUCUUGACACAGGCUGGCAUGAGCUUCGUCGUAUGUGGGAGAACCACCACAGUCUCCUGGCACAAGCUUUUGAUUUUCAGACUUUCCUCAGAGAUGCAAAACAAGCAGAGGCUUUUCUCAACAGCCAAGAGUAUGUGCUGUCCCACACAGAGAUGCCUACCAGUCUUCAAGGGGCAGAGGAGGCUAUCAAGAAACAUGAGGAUUUCCUCACAACUACAGAGGCCAGUGAGGAGAAGAUAACUGGUGUGGUGGAGGCAGGACGGAGACUCAUUAACGACGGCAAUGCAAACUCUGAUAAGAUCCAGGAGAAAGUGGAUUCCAUUCAGGAAAGGCAUCUCAAGAAUAAACAGGCUGCAAAUGAGUUACUGUCCAAGCUCAAAGAUAAUCGAGAGCUUCAGCACUUCCUUCAAGAUGGACAAGAAUUGACAUUAUGGAUCAAUGAAAAGAUGCUAACCGCUCAGGACAUGUCAUAUGAUGAAGCUAGGAAUCUUCACAGCAAAUGGCAGAAGCAUCAGGCUUUUAUGGCAGAGCUGGCGUCCAACAAAGACUGGCUGGAUAAAAUUGAUAAGGAGGGCCAGGCUCUUGUAGCUGAAAAGCCUGAGCUAAAGCCUGUAGUUGAGCAGACUCUGGAGGAUCUGCAGAAACAGUGGGAGGAGCUGGAGAGCACCACUCGCACCAAAGCACAGUGCUUGUUUGAUGCCAAUAGGGCAGAACUUUUCACACAGAGUUGCUCAGCCCUUGAUGUCUGGCUUAAAAACCUAGAGGGUCAGCUGCAAAGUGACGACUAUGGAAAAGAUUUAACCAGUGUUAACAUAUUGCUCAAAAAGCACCAGAUGUUGGAGCAUCAGAUGGAGGUCAGAGAGAAGGAAGUGCAGUCUUUGCAGACCCAGGCCCAGGCACUCUCCCAGGAAGAUGCUGGACUUGUGGAAGUUGAUGGACAACAAAGAAGAGUAACUGAUAGCUUUGCAAUGCUCCAGGAGCCUCUGAAGCUGCGCAGACAGCAGCUGCUGGCCUCCAAAGAAGCUCAUCAGUUCAACAGAGACUUGGAGGACGAAAUUCUGUGGAUAAAGGAGAGAAUGCCAUUGGCAACAUCUUCAGACAAUGGAAAGGACUUGCCCACAGUACAACUGUUAAUCAAGAAGAAUCAGACCUUACAGAAGGAGAUACAAGGCCAUCAGCCGCGCAUUGAUGACAUCCACAAACGAGGCCAGACUCAGAGCCAGGUGGACGGGGAGAGGCAGUCUGUGCUCACCGAGCGUCUCACUGAGCUGAAGGAGCUGUGGGACCAGCUGAUGGCUGAGACCGACAAUCGUCAUGUACGUUUACUUGAGGCCCACCGCGCCCAACAGUUCUACGCUGAUGCUGCCGAAGCAGAGGCUUGGAUGGGAGAACAGGAGCUGCAUAUGAUGUCUGAGGAAAAAGCUAAGGAUGAACAAAGUGCAUUAGUAAUGGUCAAGAAGCACCAGAUUUUGGAACAGGCUCUUGAAGACUACGCCCAGACUAUUCACCAACUCGCCAACAGUAGUCGCCUCAUGGUCACAAGUGAGCACCCAGAAAGUGAGCGAAUAACGCUACGUCAAGCACAAGUGGACAAGCUGUAUGCAGGGUUGAAGGAUCUGGCUGAGGAGCGGCGUGGUCGGCUACAGGAGAGGUUACGACUGACGCAGCUGAAGCGUGAGGUAGAUGACCUGGAGCAGUGGAUUGCUGAGAGAGAAGUGGUUGCAGGCUCUCAUGAACUUGGACAAGACUAUGAACAUGUCACUAUGUUAAGAGACAAGUUCCGUGAAUUUGCCCGGGACACCAGCACUAUCGGACAGGAGCGCGUUGAUGGAGUGAAUGCUCUGGCAGAUGACCUGAUAGAGUCGGGCCACCCUGAAAACGCCAGCGUGGCCGAGUGGAAGGACGGACUGAAUGAGGCCUGGGCUGACCUUCUGGAGCUCAUCGACACACGGACGCAGAUGUUGGCUGCUUCAUAUGAGCUCCACCGCUUCCACCAGGACGCCAUGGAAGUACUUGGACGAAUUAAAGAGAAGAAGGAGGCUCUCCCCUCAGACCUGGGACGUGAUCUGAACACAGUGCAACACCUACAUCGACAGCACAACACCUUUGAAAAUGACAUCCAAGCUCUAAGUGGACAGGUGAACCAGGUGCAAGAUGAUGCUGCACGGCUGCAGAAAGCCUACGCUGGGGAAAAAGCGGAGGAUAUUCAAAAGAGUGAACAUGCAGUCACCUCUGCAUGGGAGGGUCUUCUCGAGGCUGGAAAGUCUCGCAGGCUCCUUCUGCUGGACACUAUUGAGAAGUUUCGCUUCUUUAACAUGGUGCGAGAUCUGAUGCUGUGGAUGGACGGUGUGAACUUACAGAUAGACGCUCAUGACAGCCCAAGGGAUGUGUCUUCUGCAGGACUUGUUAUUGCUAAUCAUCAGGACAUCAAAUCAGAAAUAGAGGCCAGAGCAGAUAGUUUCACUGCCUGUAUUGAUAUGGGAAAAGCUCUUAUUAACAAUAAUCACUAUGCAUCAGAUGAGAUAAGGGAAAAACUGAAUCAGCUCCAAGAAAAGAGAGACAAGAUAAACAAUAAGUGGCAAGACAAGAUGGACCAUUUACAAAUUGUGCUGGAAGUGUUGCAGUUUGGACGUGAUGCGUAUGUAGCAGAGUCAUGGCUGGCAGGGCAGGAGCCUCUUGUGCGCGCAGCUGAACUUGGGUCAAAUGUGGAUGAGGUCGAGAGCCUUAUCAAGAGGCACGAGGAAUUUGAGAAACUAGCAGCAUCGUGGGAGGAACGAUUUGUUUUAUUAGAGAAACUCACUACACUUGAGGAAAAAGAGCUCCAGAGAAGGCGAGAGGAAGAAGAGAGAGCAAGGCGACCCCCCACACCUCCUCCGGUAGAAGCCCAGUCCGAGGCAGAAAGUCAACCACACGAUUCUGCUGCCAGAACAAGUCUGGACCAAACCACUCUGAACCAGUCUGUAUCUGUGAAUGGGGUACACAGCGACAAUGACACUUCUCAGGGCUCAGAGUCCGAGUCUGUGAACGGACCUGGUCGGGACAGUGGACUGGCAUCAUCGCGGCUGGAACCUUCUGCAACGUUACCAAGCAGAGGAGCGGCUGAGUCCGAGCCAGAGGCCAUGGAGGGCAUGCUGUGUCGGAAACAAGAGAUGGAAUCCCACAACAAGAAGGCAGCCAGCAGGUCGUGGCAGAAUGUGUACUGUGUCGUGAGGAAAGGAAUGCUGGGCUUCUAUAAAGAUGGAAAAAGUGCUAGUAACGGCAUUCCUUACCAUGGAGAGGUGCCCAUAAGCCUUGGAGACUCGGUAUGUGAGGUAGCACACGAUUACAAGAAGAGGAAACACGUGUUCAAGCUCAGGCUGGGAGAUGGAAAAGAGUACCUGUUCCAAGCAAAGGAUGAGGCAGAGAUGAGCUCCUGGAUCCACUCCAUCCACACUUCCAUUCCACCGGCUGCAGCGGACUCGCCCUGUGGUCCUAAGGUUCUGAGCCGGGCCAUGACAAUGCCCCCCAUAUCCCCAAGUUCAGGCGAAGCCGGAGGCGUCACCAUGCGCAACAAAGAAGGCAAAGAGAAGGAUCGAGAAAAGAGGUUUAGCUUCUUUGGCAAAAAGAAGUAGAACAUUUGUAUAAUCCUUGGAUGCUACAGCGUCAAAAUUUUAACAAACUGAACAUGCAGAAAGUACCGAGGUUUCUCUCACGCAGUGCUCUCAGUGGAGAUCCAGACAGAAGAAUUUGCCGACAGCUGCUGUAUGUGGCUCACAGAACAUUUUCUUUCAGUUUGAUUCUUCCCUUUUGCAGGAUUUAUGUGUCAUCUUUAUGUUAGCACAUAAUUUUCAUCACAUUUACCUGUGCCGUUUAGUGAUAACCUCCUGAUUUAUUUACCUUUAAAGAUCUAAAUGACCUUUCAACUGCUGCAUGAAAGGUCAUUGAUGACCUGUUGGGGGCUCUUCACUGUGGGGCACAUCGUAGUUUUACUUGCUAUCAUUUAGGGAAGGAUCAGCAGUCUAUUUUGAUAUUGAUGUUAUUAUUCUGACCAAUAAUAUUGCUGUUGUUAUUUUUAUUUAUCUUUUGGUUUGAAAAAUAAACUAAUGACUUUGACCGUAGAUAAUCUUGAUUCAUGUUGUGCAAAAAACACAUCUGGAUACAUUAGCAAAGGAUGUUUUGGCUUGCCCCUUGUACGUUUUAAAAAAUAAUGUUAUUUUAUUAUAAUUUUUUUUUUAAAUUUUUUUUUAGGAAAGCCAGUUCAUGAGGUUUUAAGAGAAAAGCUCUUUUAUUUCUAGGUGUGUGCAGUAAGUGACCAUGAAAUUUACUGAGAAACACAAUACCAUAUAGUAUAUUUAAUUAAGUGUUUAUUAUUUUUAUUUCACUUGCUUAAACCUUGCCUUUAUUUUUUGUCAUUUCCUUUUUCCAGCUUAAUUAAUGACUUUUAGUGUACAAAGCAGAGGGAUUAGUUUUCUAGUGUGUGCGUGAGAGAGUUGUGGUGCUGUGAAGUUUGCACGUUUAUGUUUCAAUGGAUCAAAUAUGGCCAGAUGGACGCUGUUUUUUUCUGCGCGCAAAUGCAGACGAACUCAGAAAGCCCUACUUGUAUUUUUGGAAUUGAUAUUGUUCUUUGCUUUUGAUUUCUUAACGAUACAAUUGGUGAUGUUUCUCAUAUUUCUGUUCUCGAUCAUUAAAGUUGAGGGCAGAGUGGACUCUAGACUAAUGCUGAAGCACACUGUCUGAUGGGGAGAGGAGCAGUGAUGGGACCGGCAGUACAGAAUGUGAUGUACUGAGCCUUACUUGAACCCACUACACAAAAUCACACCUUUGCCCCAGCCUCCAUUCAUACUGCCCUUAAAGAAGUUUCUUAUAGAGAGAAAAAUGUCAAUUGUGCCCUGUGGCAAUGAUCUAAUGUAUGUCAGGGAUUCAGGUUCAAACUGCAAAGUGAGAUGUUAAAAUGUGACAGAGGAAGACUCUUUUUUCUUUUAAACAUUUGUUGUGCUAAUUUGUGGCAUGAUUUUAUAUAGGUUUAUAUUUCUGUGUUUUAGCAUUACUAUACCACUGGGUUGGUGUACAUGGACAACCCAAGUCUAAAACACAUACAAGGCAGGGCUGAUGCAUACAAUUUAUAAAAAUCAAUGUGCUGGUCAGAAUUAACGGGCAACAUUUAUAAUUAUAAAAAAAAUAUAUACAUAAAUAUUUUUAAUCAAAAUGUACCUUUAUAAUUUAACACAGGCAUUUACAAAUUUAUGCAAUUCAUUCACUAAAUAUGACUGUACAGAUCCAAAAGCCCAUUGUGUUAAGAGUUAUUACGUGGAAUGUGCACAAAGUUCUGUAAACUAAAAUGUUGGAUUACAAAUGUACUACCAAAUGAAUGUGUCCCCACUGGGACAGCCAAAUACCCCCAUUAAAUAUCAGAGCAUGGACAAAGUUAAUAGCACUUGAUGUUUUAAGGCGUUCUUCAGGUAGAUAUGUUGUCUGUGACACUUUGAUUUUGGUUUCUGGUGUCUAGCUUGAGUUAAAUGGACUGAAACUAAACUACAAUGUGAAUAGAGUCAUUGCAUACAUAGGUGAGCCAAUGCAGUUCAUGUAAAUUGUGCACAAUUUUGAAUGGAGGCAUGUUUAGUCCAAGCCAAUCACCUUUUUAGAACAAUCACCAAUCUCAGAAGAGAACCAGUUAAUAUCAAGAGUUUAAGUUGACAUAGUGUAUUUUCUUACCUGCUCACUGGAAUGUGAAGGACUCCAAUUAGUUUGGCCAAAUUGGUCACCUGAGGCAAAAAUGAUUAUCCUUUCACAAACUCUCAUUCACUGCUGCACGUUAAUGGCACUGUAUAUUUAACACAGUUCUACUCAGUUUUUCUGGCAACCUGGUUUUGUGCAACUGUCAUCGUCUGGCUAUACAAUGGUGUUGCAUUUGGUACUCUAUAAGAAUAGCACUGUGCUGUUAUUAAGCUUUGACCAUUAAAUUAACCUAUUUUGCUGAUAACCAUACUUUUAACUUAUUGAAGAACUUUUAUUUGUAAGUAUUCAAUAUGGGUAAACAGGGACUGGUAACAAGUUGAGCUUCCUUUUAUAGAAGGCAAGAGACUAGUCAUCAGAUUGGAGUUUUUUAUUUUUACAUCUAGUUGUCGGUCUUGCAGCAUUUGAUAAAUCUGUCAACCUACCUUCAAAUAUUCUCAAUGCUUUUGAUGAAUGUCUGUUUCUCCCUCUGUAAUUCAGAGAUGUUAUUGCCACUACAGUUAAUUACUAUUAUUAUCAUUAUUGCUACUGUUGUUACUAUUACUACUACUGUUACUAAUGCAACUUAUUGCAAAAAGUAUAACUUCUGUCCAUUUUCAGGUACGUGUCUGUUAUACCAGACCGCUUCCACACGAUGUCAGUGUGCUGUGGAGCAUUUUCAUUACAAAUUGGAAAAUGUUUGUUGACUUGUGUAUCGACAUCUAUUAUUAGGAAUAAUAAAAUAUGGUUUAAUCAAAUAA